GCGGCAACUACGAGGAAAGGCUGCGCGAGUCGAAAAGCGACCAGGGCGAGAAAAAAAAGAGGGCGACUUUGCUACUCCGUCACCAACACCAGGCAGCUCCAGGGAGAAGGAAAUCAUCUCUUGCUUUCUUCUUUGCUAAUUUCUUCAUUCCCGGGACCCUCCGACUUCCUUUUGACACCCUCUACAAGUGUUCGAGUCCCGAGUUCCAACCCAAAAGUCAAAGUCGGUGACACUCCAUUCCUCAACCGCCAGCCGAACAUCCACCCACCGCUCGCUACCCAAACGUUUGCUGUUGCCGCCUCACCCUCUCUUUUAUCCACCAGAACCUUUUUGCGCAAGGAACGAUUCAUCAUGGACGGAAAGCGACAUCCCAGCUCGUUCCAGCAGCUCGAGAAGCUGGGCGAGGGUACCUAUGCCACGGUUUUCAAAGGGCGUAACAGGCAAACUGGAGAGCUCGUGGCGCUCAAGGAAAUCCAUCUCGAUUCCGAAGAGGGCACCCCGUCGACCGCCAUCCGAGAGAUUUCCCUUAUGAAGGAGCUCAAGCACGAAAACAUUGUUGGACUGCACGAUGUCAUCCACACCGAGAACAAGCUCAUGCUCGUCUUCGAGUACAUGGACGGCGAUCUUAAAAGAUACAUGGACACCCACGGCGAGCGCGGCGCCCUCAAGCCUGCCACCAUCAAGUCGUUCAUGUACCAGCUUCUCAAGGGUAUUGACUUCUGCCACCAGAACCGUGUCCUCCACCGCGAUCUGAAGCCCCAGAACCUGCUCAUUAACAGCAAGGGUCUGCUCAAGCUCGGUGACUUUGGUCUCGCCCGCGCCUUUGGCAUCCCCGUCAACACCUUCUCCAACGAAGUCGUCACCCUAUGGUACCGUGCCCCCGACGUUUUGCUUGGUAGCCGAACAUACAACACAAGCAUCGACAUUUGGUCUGCCGGCUGUAUCAUGGCCGAAAUGUUCACCGGCAGGCCGCUAUUCCCUGGAACCACCAAUGAGGACCAGAUUAUCCGCAUCUUCCGCAUUAUGGGGACACCCACAGAGCGCACCUGGCCCGGCAUUACUCAGUUUCCCGAGUACAAGCCGACUUUCCAGAUGUACGCCACCCAGGACCUCCGGAACAUUCUCCCGGCCAUUGACUCAACCGGUAUCGAUCUGCUGCAAAGGAUGCUCCAGCUUCGACCAGAGUUGCGAAUCAGUGCCCACGAGGCCCUCCAGCAUGCUUGGUUCAGUGAUCUGUUGAUGCACCCACAGCAACAACAGCAACAGCAACAGCAAGCUCUUCAGGCACAGGCCCGUGCCUAUCCCCAGUCGGUCCCAGGCCAAGGUUUCGACGCCUACUAG